CACUCUGACAUGGUAUGUCCCACAAGGGAACAGACUGCACACGGAGCAGGACAAGUGGAAUAUUUUCAAUUUGACAAACAAAUUGCAUCCUGGGAAGCAUGAACAACCUAACCGAGGCCUUCAGGCACUCCAUGGCUCAAGAUGAGAGCCCUGAAGACGACAGUGUGGUGAGCAAUGACUUUUCCACCACAGUGGGUGCCCUCAUCCUAGGACUGGUCUUCCUCCUUGGCGUACCCGGAAACUUCUUCAUUGUGUGGAGCAUCCUGGCUCGCGCCCGUCGCCGUUCAGUCACGACACUACUCAUCCUCAACCUGGCUUGCGCCGACGGCUUCCUCAUGGCGCUCACAAUCUUUUUCAUCAUCUACUUGGCCAAGCAGAGUUGGGUGUUUGGGACGGCCAUGUGCAAGGGUCUCUUCUAUCUGUGCAAUGUCAACAUGUACGCCUCCAUCUUUCUUAUCACGCUGAUGAGUGUGCACCGGUUGGUGGUGGUGGUGCUACCACGAAGGACUUCAGCCAAGAUUAGCAGGAAGGUGGUACGCCGCAUCAUUCUGGGCAUGUGGCUUCUGGUAGCCGUUACAGCACUGCCCUCACUGGUGUUCCGGGAUGUUCGGGAGGACAAAGAUGAGCGGAACAAGACGCGACUAGUAUGCGCACCCAACCACACACUCCCACGAUACGUGAGGUUUCAGUACUCUUUAGAGACCGUAGCGGGCUUCAUUUUGCCUUAUGCAGUCAUCAUCACGAGCUACGUGCUCAUCCUGAGACGCCUGCGAGAGACCAAGUUCCGCCGGAAAGUGCGCAGUGAGAAGCUUAUUCUGGCCAUUGUGGUGAUGUUCUGCCUGUUUUGGCUGCCGUACCACGUCAUUAACAUGAUACAGGUGGCAGCUGAAUGGUACAAAGAGGGAUCACCCAGAAGAGAAACCCUGGAAUACAUCUACCAGUCAAGUCGCGCCAUCACAUCGGCCCUGGCCUUCAUCAGUAGUUGUGCCAACCCAGUCCUGUACACAUUUGCCGGCAAGUCAUACAUUAGGAAGAACGGCUUGGGCUUCAUGGCACGUCUCUUCGAGGGGACGUCACUAGACCAGACAGCCACCAAGCGUGGGAAGGAUGUGACGCUUAGCGACGUGGACUCUGGCGCAGCAUCCUUGUCGGCACAAAAUGGACGAUGACGAGCCCUAAGGGACUGACUCAGUUGAAUGGAGGGCACAAAUACGAAAAUGAAUGAGACUGCUUUCAAAACCAUAACAUUUAUUUGUACAUAGCAAGUUUAGUUAAGCUCAAGUAUUUACCACAUUAAACAAAGUUUUGGCUUAUGAAAGACAUAACAUUUACAUGCUCUUCCACUAGAUGGCAGAAAACCGAUGAGUGCAUACACCUCUUGCCAUUCUUCAAACUUGUGUUAACCUGAACAUGCCUCAAUUGAACACCAAAUUAGUACAUUUAAAUCCUAAAUAGUUCAGAUUUUCCUAAGUUUAUACUUUUGGACAAAAUAUCUUGGUAAAUGACUGUGGGGAAAAUUUGCACUUCGAUAAUUUUAGUUCUAAUGAAGACAGCAGGGUCCCCCCAGGAUUGAUCAAUCUAAAUUCAAGACUUUUAAGACUUUUAAUGCCAUUUCAACUGAAAAUUAAUACUUUUCUCGCACCCAUUAUUUAGAUAAUGAAUUAUAUUUAAAAAAUAAAGCACUGAACAUCAAAUUUAACCUCAACUACUGUGUUUGACAAAAGAAUGUACAUUUAUUGAAGAUACAAUUAAAACAUUUAAAUAUAAGGUCUUUCAGAAUUUUUUUUUCACAGGAUAAAAUGGAUUUUACACUAUUAUUGUAAAGCAACUUCAGAAAUUACAUUUGCAAUACAACAGGUUUCCCUUUAAAGAGGACCUAGUCAAGGUGGUAGGUAGGUGAUUGUCAAGUUGGCCACCUUAACUGUAAAGUGCUUGCAAUU